GGCGCUGCUGCCCUGUAAACCCUUUUUGCAUAAGCUCAGCCCUCUUGCUGUUUUUUCCACUUGCAUCCUGGUUUUGUGGAGCACAGUGCGCUUUUGUGUGGCCUCUGCUUUCCUGCCGCCCGCUCCGGUUUGGACCUGGAGGUGACCUUUGUCCCACAUGCCACCAGCCGUCCCCAUGUGGCAGAACAUUCUGUGACUUUUGGGUCUCUGCUCCCAGCCCCAGCAAGAACAAGUGGGAAUGGCGCUGGCAUUGUUUUUCCUUAAGGUCUCAGAAACAGGAAACAUUUCCUUGACUGGGGUUUGCAUUGAGAAGUUUUGACCAAAAUCUUCCCCAGGGAGAAAAGCCAGGUGAUCUUUUGAUAUGGAUCACCUGGGCCCAUUCACACACCGGGGCCUUGUUCCAGGAGCCAUUUCUCAAUGAACAACCUGCACUCGGUGAAUUUUCAGCACAUCCUAGGAGGACCUGCGUGACUUUGCAUUGCUCACAACUUGGAUUUUAGUACCUGGAGGCUUAGUUGUCUAAGAUUCUUGAAAUAAAGCAAGCAACAGGAUCAAAAGGUGGAAAACGCUUUGCUGGAAGCAAGAUCCUCCCCCACUUGACCUGGAUUAUUGCUGCUCUUUGGUGCCUUGAAGGUUAAGUGCACCCGGGGUAUUUUUAAACUGGCAAGAGCCGGCUAAUCUAAAAGUGACAUUUACAGGCACGGCGGGAGCAGCUAGCCGGCUGAGCUUCAGGCCCUCCGCAGACAAGGAACCUGGACAAUGUAAUCCCAAGUACACAGUCAGUUGAGAGGACAUGGGGAAAGAAAAGGUGGAGAGAGAAGUGGAGUGGACACAUGUAAAAGCAAGCCCUCAGCUCCAAGGAGCCAAGCGGCACACUGUGAUGACUGCAUCUCAGCGCUGCUGACACAGGAUCUUUCUCGGGCUUACGGAGGGAAAUUCUGCACCCAGAGCAAGAAAGCCUGAGGGUUUUCUGAAUGAUCCUGCUAUUUUUCCUGUCUUGUCUGAUUGUCUCCUGUCUGACCUUGUCCUGGUUAAAGAUCCGGGGGAAAAUGACCGACUCCACACCGGCCACCAAGAACCACUCGGAGGCCCUUCCAGCGUCUGACAGCUCAGAGGAGCCGCCACAGAAAAACGGAGACAGCAGCUCUGUGUCAGAGACUCCUGACCAGGUUGAGCCAGCCUCCCUGAAAGGUCCCAAAGAUGCCUGUCUGCGAAGACCCUCCCGGCCGCCCCCAUAUCGGAAUCCUCAGAAAAGCCCCCAUCCCUCCCGGGAUGCCUCCCCAGCCAGUGGGACAGGGCCUCGGGGCCCGGAGGCCCCAGCCGCCAAUGGCGCAUCCUCACCAACCAGGCCCCAGGCCCUCGGCAGAGCCCUCUCCAGAGAAGACCAGAAGCAGGCGCACAUCAAGCGGCAGCUGAUGACUAAGUUCAUCCUGGGCUCCUUCGAUGACAACUCCUCUGAUGAGGACCCGGGCAUGGGAUCCUUCCGGGACUCUUCCCGCAGGGGCAGCCGCGCCAGCCAGGGGGCCCUGUUCCCGGAGGCUGCUCGGGCCACGGGCGGCUCUGAGUCCCCCGUCCCCACGAUGAGGCCCAGCAUGUCUGGGCUCCACCUGGUGAGGAGGGGCCGAGAACAGAAGAAGGUGGACCUGCACAGAGACUUCACCGUAGCUUCCCCAGCCGAGUUUGUCACGCGCUUUGGGGGGGAUCGGGUCAUUGAGAAGGUGCUCAUCGCCAACAAUGGCAUCGCCGCAGUGAAGUGCAUGCGCUCCAUCCGCAGGUGGGCCUACGAGAUGUUCCGAAAUGAGCGGGCCAUCCGGUUUGUAGUUAUGGUGACUCCCGAGGACCUCAAGGCCAAUGCAGAGUACAUCAAGAUGGCCGAUCAGUAUGUCCCCGUGCCGGGGGGCCCCAACAACAACAACUACGCCAACGUGGAGCUCAUCGUGGACAUUGCCAAGAGAAUCCCCGUGCAGGCGGUGUGGGCUGGCUGGGGCCACGCCUCCGAAAACCCCAAACUUCCGGAGCUCCUGUGCAAGCACGAGAUUGCUUUCUUAGGCCCCCCCAGUGAGGCCAUGUGGGCCCUGGGAGAUAAGAUCGCCUCCACCAUUGUGGCCCAGACGCUGCAGAUUCCAACACUGCCUUGGAGUGGAAGCGGUCUGAUGGUGGACUUGGCAGAGGGCAGCCUGCAGCAGGGGACAAAAGUCUGUGUCUCGGAGAACAUUUACAGCCAGGGUUGUGUGAAAGACAUCGAUGAGGGUUUGGAGGCAGCAGAGAAAAUUGGUUUCCCGUUGAUGAUCAAAGCUUCGGAAGGCGGUGGAGGGAAAGGGAUCCGGAAGGCGGAGAGUGCAGAGGACUUCCCCAUCCUUUUCAGACAAGUACAGAGCGAGAUCCCAGGCUCCCCCGUCUUCCUCAUGAAGCUGGCCCAGCACGCCCGUCACCUGGAGGUCCAGAUCCUCGCCGACCAGUACGGCAACGCCGUGUCCCUGUUUGGGCGAGACUGCUCCAUCCAGCGGCGGCAUCAGAAGAUCAUCGAGGAGGCCCCUGCCACCAUCGCCACCCCGGCUGUGUUCGAGUUCAUGGAGCAGUGUGCCGUCCGCCUGGCCAAGACGGUGGGCUACGUGAGCGCAGGGACGGUGGAGUACCUGUACAGCCAGGAUGGCAGCUUCUACUUCUUGGAGCUGAACCCCCGUCUGCAGGUGGAGCACCCCUGCACGGAAAUGAUCGCCGACGUGAACCUGCCGGCCGCCCAGCUGCAGAUCGCCAUGGGCGUGCCACUGCACCGGCUGAAAGACAUCCGCCUUCUGUACGGAGAGUCGCCAUGGGGGGUGACACCCAUUUCCUUUGACACCCCUUCCAACUCACCCCUCCCCCGAGGCCACGUUAUUGCUGCCAGAAUCACCAGUGAAAAUCCUGAUGAGGGGUUUAAGCCGAGCUCCGGAACAGUCCAGGAGCUGAAUUUCCGCAGCAACAAGAACGUGUGGGGCUAUUUCAGCGUGGCCGCUGCUGGGGGCUUACACGAGUUCGCCGAUUCCCAGUUCGGGCACUGCUUCUCCUGGGGAGAGAACCGGGAAGAGGCCAUUUCGAACAUGGUGGUGGCUUUGAAGGAACUGUCCAUCCGGGGCGACUUCAGGACCACCGUGGAGUAUCUCGUUAACCUUCUGGAGACCGAGAGUUUCCAGAACAACGACAUCGACACUGGGUGGUUGGACCACCUCAUUGCUGAGAAAGUGCAGGCAGAAAAGCCAGAUGUCAUGCUCGGGGUGGUGUGUGGAGCCUUGAACGUGGCCGAUGCGAUGUUCCGAACCUGCAUGACCGAUUUCUUACACUCGCUGGAAAGGGGCCAGGUCCUCCCCGCAGCGUCCCUGCGUAACACGGUGGACGUGGAGUUGAUUUACGGAGGCGUUAAGUACGUCCUCAAGGUGGCCCGGCAGUCUCUGACCAUGUUUGUCCUCAUCAUGAAUGGCUGUCACAUCGAAAUCGACGCCCACCGGCUGAACGAUGGCGGGCUUCUUCUGUCCUACAGCGGUAACAGCUACACGACCUACAUGAAGGAGGAGGUCAACAGUUACCGGAUCACCAUUGGCAACAAGACCUGUGUGUUUGAGAAGGAGAACGACCCCACAGUGCUGAGAGCCCCCUCGGCCGGAAAGCUGACGCAGUACACGGUGGAAGACGGGGGCCAUGUGGAGGCAGGGGGCAGCUACGCCGAGAUGGAGGUGAUGAAGAUGAUCAUGGCCUUGAACGUGCAGGAGAGUGGCCAGGUGAAGUACAUCAAGCGCCCAGGCGCGGUGCUGGAGGCGGGCUGCGUGGUGGCCAGGCUGGAGCUCGACGACCCCUCUAAAGUGCGCCCGGCCCAGCUGUUCACAGGAGAGCUCCCGCCCCAGCCAACCUUGCCCAUCAUGGGGGAGAAGCUGAACCAGGUCUUCCACAGCGUCCUGGAAAACCUGAUUAACGUCAUGAACGGCUACUGCCUGCCCGAGCCCAUUUUUAGCAUAAAGCUGAAGGAGUGGGUGCAGAAGCUCAUGAUGACCCUCCGCCACCCGUCACUGCCACUGCUGGAGCUGCAGGAGAUCAUGACCAGUGUGUCGGGCCGCAUCCCCACCCCCGUGGAGAAGUCGGUGCGCAGGGUGAUGGCCCAGUACGCCGGCAACAUAACAUCGGUGCUCUGCCAGUUCCCCAGCCAGCAGAUAGCCACCAUCCUGGACUGCCACGCAGCCACGCUGCAGCGGAAGGCCGACCGGGAAGUCUUCUUCAUGAAUACGCAGAGCAUUGUGCAGCUGGUCCAGAGGUACCGUAGCGGGACCCGUGGAUACAUGAAGGUGGUGGUGUUGGAUCUGCUGAAAAGAUACCUGCAAGUCGAGCACCAUUUCCAACAAGCCCACUACGACAAGUGCGUGAUAAACCUCAGGGAGCAGCUGAAGCCAGACAUGUCCCAGGUGCUGGACUGUAUCUUCUCCCACGCGCAGGUGGCCAAGAAGAACCAGCUGGUGAUCAUGUUGAUCGAUGAACUCUGUGGCCCAGACCCUUCCCUGUCGGAGGAACUGACCUCCAUCCUCAAUGAGCUCACCCAGCUGAGCAAGAGCGAGCACUGCAAAGUGGCCCUCCGAGCCAGACAGGUCCUGAUCGCCUCCCACCUCCCCUCCUAUGAGCUGAGGCACAACCAGGUGGAGUCCAUUUUCCUGUCUGCCAUCGACAGGUAUGGCCACCAGUUCUGCCCGGAAAACCUCAAGAAAUUGAUACUCUCGGAAACGACCAUAUUUGAUGUGCUGCCUUCUUUCUUCUAUCACGCUAACAAGGUCGUGUGCAUGGCGUCCUUGGAGGUUUAUGUGCGGAGGGGCUACAUCGCCUAUGAGCUAAACAGCCUGCAGCACCGGCAGCUCCCGGACGGCACCUGCGUGGUGGAAUUCCAAUUCAUGCUGCCCUCCUCCCACCCAAACCGGAUGGCCGCGCCCAUCAGUGUCACCAACCCCGACCUGCUGAGACACAGCACAGAGCUCUUCAUGGACAGUGGCUUCUCCCCACUGUCCCAGCGCAUGGGCGCCAUGGUCGCCUUCAGGAAAUUCGAGGAGUUUACCAGGAACUUUGAUGAUGUCAUCUCCUGCUUCGCCAAUGUGGCCGAGGACAUGCCCCUCUUCAGCAAGGCCCAGAUGUCCAUGUACUGUGAGGAGGACAGCAAAAACCUCAGGGAGGAGCCCAUCCACAUCCUGAACGUGGCCAUCCAGUGCGCUGACCACCCGGAGGACGAGGAGCUGGUGCCGAUUCUGCGGACCUUCGUACAGUCCAAGAAGAACAUCCUGGUGGAUUAUGGACUCCGGAGGAUCACAUUCCUGAUUGCCCAGGAGAAAGAAUUUCCCAAGUUUUUCACGUUCAGAGCAAGAGAUGAGUUUGCUGAGGACCGCAUUUACCGUCACCUGGAGCCCGCCCUGGCCUUCCAGCUGGAGCUGAGCCGGAUGCACAAUUUCGACCUGACCGCCGUGCCCUGCGCCAACCACAAGAUGCACCUUUACCUGGGCGCUGCCAAGGUGAAGGAGGGCGUGGAAGUGACAGACCACCGGUUCUUCAUCCGUGCCAUCAUCCGGCACUCGGACCUGAUCACAAAGGAAGCCUCCUUCGAGUACCUACAGAAUGAGGGUGAGCGGCUGCUCCUAGAGGCCAUGGACGAGCUGGAGGUGGCGUUCAACAACACCAGCGUGCGCACCGACUGCAACCACAUCUUCCUCAACUUCGUGCCCACCGUCAUCAUGGACCCCUACAAGAUUGAGGAGUCGGUGCAUUCCAUGGUCAUGCGCUACGGCAGCAGGUUGUGGAAGCUCCGUGUGCUGCAGGCUGAGGUCAAGAUCAACAUCCGCCAGACCACCACCGGCUGCGCCGUUCCCAUCCGCCUGUUCAUCACCAACGAGUCGGGCUACUACCUGGACAUCAGCCUCUACAAAGAAGUCACCGACCCCAGAUCGGGAAAUAUCAUGUUUCACUCCUUUGGCAACAAACAAGGGCCCCAGCACGGGAUGCUGAUCAACACUCCCUACGUCACCAAGGACCUGCUUCAGGCCAAGCGAUUCCAGGCCCAGUCCCUGGGGACCACCUAUGUGUACGACUUCCCGGAGCUGUUCAGGCAGGCUCUCUUUAAAAUGUGGGGCUCCCCAGACAAGUACCCCAAAGACAUCCUGACGUACACGGAGCUUGUGCUGGACCCCCAGGGCCAGCUGGUGGAGAUGAACCGACUUCCCGGCGGAAAUGAGGUGGGCAUGGUGGCCUUCAAGAUGAGGUUCAAGACCCAGGAGUAUCCAGAAGGGCGGGACGUGAUCGUCAUCAGCAAUGACAUCACCUUCCGCAUUGGAUCCUUUGGCAUGGGCGAAGACUUACUGUACCUGAGGGCAUCCGAGAUGGCCCGGGCCGAGGGCAUCCCCAAAAUCUACCUCGCAGCCAACAGCGGGGCCCGGAUCGGCCUCGCGGAGGAGAUUAAACACAUGUUCCAGGUGGCUUGGGUGGACCCAGGAGACCCCCACAAAGGAUUUAAAUACCUGUACUUGACCCCUCAAGAGUACACCAGAAUCAGCUCCCUGAACUCUGUCCAUUGCAAACACAUCGAGGAAGAAGGAGAAUCCAGGUACAUGAUCACGGAUAUCAUUGGGAAGGAGGACGGCCUGGGCGUGGAGAACCUUCGGGGCUCCGGCACAAUCGCCGGGGAGUCCUCCCUGGCCUACGAAGAGAUCGUCACCAUUAGCCUGGUGACCUGCCGAGCCCUUGGGAUUGGCGCCUACCUGGUGAGGCUGGGCCAGCGCGUGAUCCAGGUGGAGAACUCCCACAUCAUUCUGACGGGGGCCAGCGCGCUGAACAAGGUGCUGGGCAGAGAGGUUUACACGUCCAACAGCCAGCUGGGCGGCGUGCAGAUCAUGCACAACAACGGCAUCUCCCACGUCACCGUGCCGGACGACUUCGAGGGCGUUUACACCGUCCUAGAGUGGCUGUCCUAUAUGCCAAAGGAUAAUCACAGCCCGGUCCCCAUCAUCACACCCACGGACCCCAUUGACAGAGAAAUUGAGUUUUUCCCCUCGAGAGCCCCGUACGACCCCCGGUGGAUGCUUGCAGGAAGGCCUCACCCAACUCUGAAGGGAUCCUGGCAGAGUGGGUUCUUCGACCAGGGCAGCUUCAAGGAAAUCCUGGCACCCUGGGCCCAGACCGUGGUGACGGGACGUGCAAGGCUGGGGGGCAUCCCUGUUGGAGUGAUCGCCGUGGAGACGCGGACAGUGGAGGUAGCGGUGCCCGCAGACCCUGCCAACCUGGAUUCCGAGGCAAAGAUCAUCCAGCAGGCAGGCCAGGUGUGGUUCCCGGACUCGGCCUACAAGACAGCCCAGGUCAUCAGGGACUUCAACCAGGAGAAGCUGCCCCUGAUGAUCUUUGCCAACUGGAGGGGCUUCUCCGGCGGCAUGAAAGACAUGUACGAUCAGGUGGUGAAGUUCGGAGCCUACAUCGUGGACGGCCUCAGGCAGUACAGGCAGCCCAUCCUCAUCUACAUCCCACCCUAUGCGGAGCUCCGGGGAGGCUCCUGGGUGGUCCUGGACUCCACCAUCAACCCUCUGUGCAUAGAGAUGUAUGCGGACAAAGAGAGCAGGGGGGGUGUCCUGGAGCCGGAGGGAACAGUGGAGAUUAAGUUCCGAAAGAAAGACCUGGUAAAGGCCAUGAGAAGGAUCGACAGCACUUACAAGAAGCUCGUGGAGCAGUUUGGAAAGUCUGAACUCUCCGACAAGGAACGCAAGGACCUGGAGGGCCAGCUGAAGGCCCGGGAGGAUCUGCUGCUGCCCAUCUACCACCAGGUGGCGGUACAGUUCGCCGACCUCCACGACACCCCCGGCAGGAUGCUGGAGAAGGGCGUCAUCUCUGACAUCCUGGAGUGGAAGACCUCGCGCACCUUCCUGUACUGGCGCCUGCGCCGCCUCCUGCUGGAGGACCAGGUCAAGCAGGAGAUCCUGAAGGUCAGCCGAGAGCUGAGCCACGUGCACAUCCAGUCCAUGCUGCGCCGCUGGUUCGUGGAGACGGAGGGGGCUGUCAAGGCCUACCUGUGGGACAACAACCAGAUGGUGGUGCAGUGGCUGGAGCAGCACUGGCAGGUGGGGGACGGCCUGCGCUCCGCCAUCCACGAGAACAUCAAGUACCUGAAGCGAGACUCGGUGCUCAAGACCAUCCGGGGCCUGGUCCAAGAAAACCCCGAGGUGGCUGUGGACUGCAUGAUGUACAUGAUCCAGCACAUCAGCCCGGCGGAGCGGGCCCGGGCGGCUCACCUUCUGUCCACCGUGGACAGCUCCGCCUCUACCUGAGCCCCGCCCCUUGGCCACUCGCAGCACCCGGCAGGACAAAACCUGCGACCCGUCGACCACAGGCCCUCGCCAGGACCUUGGGUUUGCUUUUUAAAACAAUGUUCCAGGCAUUUCUGCAGGGUCACUGGCCCCAACACACUCCUGUCUCAAUAAACCGGUCAGGAGUGCCCCCUUGCCAGCAGAAAGAGCCUCUUCUCCAUCCUCGGGAACUGUUCAUUUUGUCUCUUAAGACAUUUUUGCUGCAUCGCUGAAUCGAGUGGAACCCAAGUGCCCGAGUUACCUUUUCCUUCCAGGGCCCGGAUCCAGGUGUCCUUUUAGGCUCAUUUUUAUCACAUCGCAGAAUCUUUUAUUUUUUUACUUUGAGACCAGCUCUUGACAUAAGCAUCCUCUGUGUUUCAGCAGAAUAAAGAGGCCAAGGAAAGAAAUACAGAAGCAAGACGAGGGAGAGAAACCUGUUUUUUGUAAUGAUGCUAUUUGGAGACUGCCAAAUCACCCAGGAAAGGGUACAAGUGAUUUUUUUUUAAAGAGAAUGAAAUGGAACCUCGUUCCCCAGAUGCCCCCCAGGGAGUCACUAGGGGUGUCCCGUUGGUGGGCUAUGCUUAGCACUUGUCAGCAGGGACUCUGUUUUUGAGCGAGAAGAGCAAAAUGAGCGGAACUGCCUGGCCCCGAGGUCCAGGGCCUUUGGAGGUCCCUUCUGCGUGGCUCAUAGCCCUCUGAGGACAAGGACAAGCCCCUCCGCCACUGCAGGGUGGGUGCCCUUUCCAUGUGCCCUCCGGCCCUGUCGGGACUGCGGGGGGUGGAGGAAAGCCCUCCCCAAACGCACAGCCCAGCCUGCUCACAGGCAUCACCACUGUGAUCGCCACUACCCCCUUGGGGGGGCCCUUUCAAGCCACUGUCACCUCUCACCUGUUGCCUUGAGGUCCAUGGUGGGCUCUACCGCAAGGGGCGGAGCUGCUGGUCUCCAAGGACAGGGCCACGCCCAUUUGCUCAGGGAGGCCUUUUUGACACGCCCACCAGCACCUGGCUCUGAAGGCUGCACAGCGUCAGGGCCUGCCAUCGUCCUGGCCCUGCCAUCCGUCCCCAGGUGCCGGCUGUGGUGGAGGGGGUUGCCCCCACCCCACUUCAGUGAUGAGCAGUUUGUCUGAGGACACCCAGUGUUGUACCUGGCCAAUUCGGAGGACAAGGUUGGCUGGGGGGAGCCCCCACAUGCCAGGUGCUUGAGGCUGACUGAGUUUAAGAAAAAAAUAGUCUGGUCAUCAGCUAAUGACACCCUGGCGUGGGGCAAUGAGGGGUGGGAGACAGAUGAAUUACUCGUCCCAUCCCCAGGCUAGGGAGGGGGGAUCCAUGCUGCCUUGGGAACUGAGUGUUUUCUAUGUGGGGGACGCCUCCUUGGUUCUGGAGGGGAAACCCGUUGAAUAAUAGCUGCUACCCAGGACCUACCAGGCGGAGGAACCUACCAGGAGAUGUGUGGAAUAAAUUAUUUUUUAAAGGAA